GUCGCCAUGAAGUUUGGCAGAAACCUUCCGCGUAAUCAGGUCCCCGAGUGGGCGGCCUCGUACAUCAACUACAAAGGCCUCAAGAAGCUUGUCAAGGCGGCUGCUCUCAAGGCAAGGAAUGGUGAAAAGGUGGAUACUGCAGAAUUCUUCUUCGCACUUGACCGGAACCUCGAAGAUGUCGACUUCUUCUACAACAAGAAACACGCCGACGCCUGUCGCCGGCUCAAUCUUCUGUACAACCGCUAUGGCCGUACUCCCGAUGUCGUCGCCACUCUCGAUCAGGAUGAGGUUGAGGAGGUCAUGGGUGCCCUCCUCGAGCUGAGGAGCCAGCUGCGCAACUUGCAGUGGUUUGGCGAGAUCAACCGCAGAGGCUUUGUCAAGAUCACGAAGAAGCUUGAUAAAAAGGUCCCUGACACAGUCACCCAGCAUCGAUACAUCUCCACCAAGGUUGACCCCAAGCCGUUUGCCAAAGAGGCUAACACCGCCAGACUGCUUGUCGAGAUUAACAAAUGGUUGUCUGUCCUCGCUGAUGCUCAGAAUUUUGACGACGCCAUGUCAGAUCAUUCGGCGCGCUCUCUGGGGCGGGCGUCCACCAAGGCUAUGCUGAACCUACCACAGGCUCUGCUUGACCUGCUUGACCAGGCUGUACGCAAUGACGAUGUUCCCUCGCUCAAGAGUGGGUUGGAUGCAAACAACGUUGCUGCCGAGGAAGGUUCCCAGAUUCUCUUCUUGAACCUUCUUCAGCGUUCCAUCGCCGCUCGUUCGAAGGCAUGCAUUGCGUUCCUUCUCGAAAACAUCAAGAGCCUCGACGAAUCUGAUGAUAUCAAUGGCCGAAACUGCAUUCACCGGCUCGUUAUUCACAUUGGCCGCACCAAAUCAUCGCCGGAAGACCAAAACUCUCAGAAAUACCCGGUGCCUGCCGGUGCAGAGUUCAGCAACAAGCAUCUACAACCUGCUGUCUCAACGUCAACUCCGCUCAAGGCACUUAACAUCAAUGAGACCAAGCUCUUGGGCAGAGAUGACGAAGUUGUUCAACUCUUCAUCUAUUUGCUUGACCAAUUCCGCCCGGAGCAACGCAAUUCCCUCCAGAGCCGAGACUCAUUUGGACGGAUGCCGCUCCACUAUGCGGCUCAGUUUGGAUUCGUCAUUGUGUGCCAGAUCAUCAUGUCCAAGAUGCAGGAAUGGGGUCAAUUCCACGUCAAGGAUGGAAUUGACGCCCCUGAGUGGCAAGACAACGAUGGCUUUGCGCCUCUGCACCUAAGCGUUGUUGGCGGCCACCCUCUGACAACCCAGGCCCUCCUUAAGGGUGAGAACUGGGAAGGGAGCAGCGAGGCCAAGGCGGAGAUUCGAAAGGCCGUCUCUAAAUCCGGCGCUGUCCUUGCUCUUGCCACCAAGUCCAAUUACAGUACCAUCGUCCAGAUGCUCGUGGACGCAGGGGUUGACAUCAACUGGAAGGACAAAACUAACGAGACUGCUCUUCACAUUGCUGCCCGGUUCGGUCACGAUGAGUGUGCUCGGGUGAUUUUGAAAGGCACCGAGUCCCAAAAGGCAGACAUCGAGGUUGCGGAAAACACCUAUGCCUGGACACCCCUACACGUUGCUGCUGUCGACGGGAAGUUCUCCGUGGCCCAGCUUCUUGUCGAUGCAGGCGCGGAUGUGUCUCGUCCUGACUCAUCUGGUUGGAUGGCAAAAGAGCAUGCGGCUCUGAGAGGCCACAUGGAGAUUGCUCGCCUUCUUGCAACCCCGCUGGGGGAAGAGGAGGCGAAGAGACCUGAGAAUCUGCAGCCUGCGCUUUCUUCCAUUGACGAACGUCGCUCUAACGGAGCGAAUGGUACUCCUCGACCGGCCGAGCCCGUCAAGAGCUUCGGUCAUCGAUAUCUGACGGAUGAAAGUCUUGUGCUCGUCAGUCUUGGAUCCAUGGAUAUGCGAAAGAACAUUGAACCUGUCAACUUGGAUCGUGUGCCACUCGCCGAGGCACAUACUACUCAGCUUGAUACUGCGCUCUCCAUUGUUGUCGCAGCAUCGGGAGCUCAGGGCGAGCCUACCAUCAUUGAUCUCCCUGUCCACGAGAACAUUGCUACAGAGCCUGUCGUAUUUACCACAAAAGAUGUCAGCAAGGUGAAGCUGCUUUUCGAUAUUGUGCCGACCUACUCUGGUAGCGAAAAGAACAAGAUCGGCCGCGGGGUGGCCCUCCUCUCAUCUGUCAAGCCAACGCUGGGUUCUCGCCGUAUGAAUCUCCAGGCUGAUGUCAUUGUCCCCAUCAUGUCAAGCAACCUGGAGGUUAUCGGAACAGUCAACUUCAACUUCCUUGUCAUCACGCCCUUUUUUCACCCCAACAUGGAAGUCACUUCGAGGCAGACAUACUGGAAGAAGCUGGCGUCGACUAUGGUCAUUGGGCAUCGUGGCCUUGGAAAGAAUGUUUCCUCCAACAGGUCUCUUCAGUUGGGUGAGAACACGCUGCCUUCCUUCAUUGCGGCUGCCAACUUGGGCGCCCAAUAUGUGGAAUUCGACGUCCAGUUGACAAAGGAUCAUGUUCCAGUCAUCUACCACGACUUCCUCGUCAGCGAGACUGGAAUUGAUGCACCUGUUCACACCUUGACCCUGGAACAGUUCCUACAUAUUAACCCCGACUCACGCCGUACCCCAAACCACUCUGACACGCCAAAGUCGACGACCCGUGGCGAGAAUGGCAGCCGAGCGCGUAGUAACAGCUUCGCGCCAAAGCGCUCGCAAUCAAUGGGCUACGCCGGCAGUGGACGUGAUGACAUGGAGGAGCGCAUGAAGCAUACGAGGGACUUCAAGUCCAAGGGCUACAAAGCCAACUCAAGAGGCAACUUUAUCCAGGCGCCGUUUGCUACCCUAGAGGACCUAUUCCGCAGGCUCCCCGAGGACAUUGGCUUCAACAUCGAGAUGAAGUACCCUAUGCUCAUGGAGAGCGAGGAGCACGAGAUGGACACAUAUGCUGUGGAGUUGAAUUCGUUCUGCGACACUGUCCUCUCCAAAGUCUACGAUCUCGCUGGUGAACGUCACAUCAUCUUCAGCUCAUUCAACCCUGACAUCUGUCUCUGCUUGAGUUUCAAACAGCCGUCGAUCCCCAUCCUCUUCCUCACCGAUGCUGGAUGCUGCGAUGUCUGUGACAUUCGAGCAUCAUCUCUCCAAGAGGCCAUUCGCUUCGCCAGCCGCUGGAAUUUGUUGGGCAUCGUGUCCGCUGCGGAACCGAUGAUUAACAGCCCACGGCUUGUAAGGGUUGUCAAGGAGAAUGGAUUGGUCUGUGUCAGUUACGGCGUAGAAAACAACGAUCCAAUUAUGGUCCAGCGGCAAGUAAAGCAGGGCAUUGAUGCUGUCAUCGUUGACAGCGUCUUGGCCAUCAGAAAGGGGCUUACGAGUGCGGACCCGCCGGCUGAGCCGCUGAACGGAACGUUGAGUGAUCAACUAGCUGAAUUGAAGGUCAGCAGUACCGAUGGUCCCGGCUCUUGAGGAUUGGGAUCGGCAGUGAAAAUUUAUAACCACAAUGUGAGCAGGGGAUACCUGGCGACGGAUAUGAAGACUGCCGGCACUAUGUAGAAUUUUUCGUUCAACAGUUGUCUACCGAGACUAGUUCAACCAUGUCAGAAGCUUGGAUACUGGAUACUGGAUACUACGUAACUUCAGAAAUGCCGGUUUUGGGCGUGUGUUGUACAGAGGGCUCGAAUCGAAACAGACAGCUCAACGCCACCCAUCAAUGCAAAUUAUCUCAAUCCCCGCAAGCACGCAGG